GAGAUAUCUGAUAAAUAAAAUGUAUCUUUUUUUGUAGUAAGUGUACUGAUGGGAAUCUAAAUUCAUCAUAGAAUUGUGUUUCUACAGAUAAACGUGUGUUAAGAAUUUUUUUGGUAUCUACUUUGAUAAAUCAGAAACAUGUUUUUCAAGUGUUUUCGAAGGAAAUUUACCCAAAAGAAGGUUAAAAUCCAAAGUGUUAGUAGUCAAAAGGAGGAGAAAAAGAUUUCCUAUUUCCAGUUGUUCCGGUAUAGCACAGUGCAAGACAAAAUUUGCAUAGCUCUAGGAACAAUAUGUGCUGUAAUAUGUGGUUGUAUUCAACCUUACGUAAUGAUACUUUUUGGCGAUGUUACUGGUGUUAUCGUUGACUACGCUGAAAGUUUAACUAAAAAUUUGACUGACAAUGAAACCAUUAUUGCGGAAGAAAAUCUCUAUGAUGGUAUACGACAUUUUGCAAUUUUCGCAAGCGUUUUAGGCAUUAUUAUGAUUAUAACAACAUACCUGGCGGGAGUAUUAUUCACCUACAGUGCUUUAAAACAGAUUUUUCUUAUACGAAAACUUAUUUUGAAAAAAACUUUAAAUAUGGAUAUUUCUUGGUACGACCUCAAUAAGACUGGAGAUUUUGCUACAACUUUCACAGAUAAUUUAUCUAAACUUGAGGAAGGAAUAGGAGAAAAAGUCGGCAUUUUUAUUUUCUUUGAAACUAUUUUCGUAACUGGUAUAAUUAUGGCAUUAGUUCUGGGAUGGCAGUUGGCCCUAAUUUGCAUGGUUUCCCUUCCAGUAUCAUUCGGCCUUACCAUAAUAAUUUCGUGGUUAUCGACUAAAUUUUCACAACAAGAGCUUGAAGCUUAUGGUACUGCUGGAGCUAUUGCCGAGGAGGUUUUAAGUUCUGUGCGUACAGUAGUAGCUUUUGAUGGUCAAGAGAAAGAAUUUAGUAGAUAUGAGAAACAUUUAGAAACUGCCAAAAACAAUAAUAUUAGGAAAAAUCUUUUCUCCGGAAUUAGCAAUGGAUUUAUGUGGUUCUUUGUGUUCGCUUCAUACGCUUUGUCAUUUUGGUAUGGUGUCGGAUUAAUCUUAAAUGAAAGAAGUCUGCCCGAAGAGGAAAGAAUUUAUACUCCAGGGAAUAUGGUAUCUGUAUUUUUUUGUACUUUAAUUGCUUCGUGGAAUUUUGGUGUUGGAGCACCAUAUUUUGAAAUUUUUGGAACAGCCUGUGGAGCUGCAUCGAGAGUUUUUGAAAUUCUGGAUACCGAACCAGAAAUAAACCUUCAUAAAAAUCUAGGCGUAAAACCAAAUACAAUGAGAGGUGAUAUCACAUUUAAAAAUGUCUAUUUUCAUUAUCCAUCAAGGCCGGAAGUAAAAAUUUUACAGGAUUUCAACCUCGAAAUUAAAUCAGGUCAAACGGUCGCAUUGGUAGGAACUUCUGGGUGUGGAAAGUCAACAUGUGUCCAGUUAAUUCAAAGAUUUUAUGACGCCAUUUCUGGCACUGUGACUAUUGAUGACAACAACAUUAAAAAUCUAAAUCUGUCAUGGUUGAGAAGCAAAAUUGGAGUCGUUGGGCAAGAACCAGCUCUUUUUGCAGCCACUAUUGCGGAAAAUAUAAGAUACGGUAAUUUAUCUGCAACACAAGAAGAUAUUGAAAAGGCAGCAAAAAAAGCAAACGCUCACAAUUUCAUUCAAAAUCUGCCUCGUGGUUACAAUACCAUUGUUGGUGAAAGAGGAGCUCAGCUCUCUGGUGGGCAAAAACAAAGAAUCGCGAUAGCGAGAGCAUUAAUUCGACGACCAAAAAUACUUUUACUUGAUGAAGCCACUUCAGCCCUAGAUACAACAAGUGAAGCUGAAGUGCAAGCAGCUCUGGACGCUAUCAGUGGCGAGUGUACUACUAUUAUAGUUGCACAUAGAUUAUCCACAAUAAGAAAUGCUAACCGUAUUAUUGUAUUAUCUGAAGGGAAAGUACUUGAAGAAGGUAAUCAUGCAGAAUUGAUGGAAAAGAGAGGUGAUUAUUACAAUCUAGUUGUAUCUCAGGGCUUAAGUGAAACUGAGGACGUGUCUUCUGAGGAAAAAGCCUUAAUCAAUGGUAUUCAGAAAGUAGCUGCAAGUAUGCCUGAAGAAUCAACCCUUACUGAAAGUUGUUCUGAAGAGAAUCUUGAUGAUAGCAAUGUAACAAACAAAGGAAGUUCUAUUAUAUCAAUUUUAAAAGUAAAUAAACCCGAAUGGUUUUACAUAAUGGUGGGAUGCAUAACAUCUGUGAUAACAGGGGCCGCGUUACCAGUGUAUGGUUUAGUUUUUGGCGACAUAAUUGGCGUUCUUGCAGAUCCUAGAGAGUGGUACGUACGCGAAGAAAGUAACACAUUCUCACUGUUUUUUGUUAUCAUAGGCAUCGUUACUGGUGUAGCCACUUUCUUGCAGAUGUAUUACUUUUCCAUUGCCGGAGAAAAAUUAACAUUAAGAAUACGCGCAAAAAUGUUUCGAGCUAUGCUGUCGCAAGAAAUGGCAUGGUUUGAUAGAAAAGAUAAUGGGGUUGGAGCUUUGUGUGCUAAACUAUCUGGAGAAGCAGCUAGUGUGCAAGGAGCUGCUGGAAUUCGAAUUGGUACAGUACUAAACUCCAUUGCAACCUUUAUAAUAGCAAAUACAAUGGCCUUAUACUUUGAAUGGAAAUUAGCUUUGGUACUGAUUUCAUUUUCUCCAGUUAUUUUGUUGUCUGUGUUUUUUGAACAAAAAUUCACACAAGGAGACACACAAGUCAACCAAAAAUUUUUAGAAAAGUCAGCAAAAAUAGCGGUUGAAGCAAUCGGAAAUAUUAGAACAAUUGCUUCAUUAGGUUGUGAACAAGUUUUUUAUGAAAACUAUGUAAUAGAACUAACGCCAUAUGUGGUUAAUGUAAAGAAGCAAAUGCAUUUUAGAUCCAUUGUACUAGGUAUCGCUAGAAGUAUAAUGCUUUUCGCCUAUGCGGUGGCAAUGGGCUAUGGAGCUUAUUUAAUGAUUUCAACGCAACUGGACUAUGGUAUAGUUUUCAAAGUUUCGGAAACUGUUAUUGUGGGUUCAUGGUCAAUUGGGAAUGCAUUUUCUUUUUCUCCGAAUUUUCAAAAAGGUCUACUUGCUGCUGAACGUAUAUUUGUUUUACUGAAGAGAAUUCCGGAAAUUAAGAACACAACUAAUCCGGUACACUUACAAAAAGUAAGAGGAAAUAUUAAAUAUUCAGACAUUUACUUCACAUAUCCAACUCGCCCCACAGUGUCGGUAUUAAAAGGCUUAAACAUGAACAUACUUCAAGGAAAAACUAUAGCUUUGGUUGGUUCAAGUGGCUGUGGAAAAUCGACUAUUAUUCAGUUGCUUGAAAGAUUUUAUGAUCCAACAUCUGGAGAGGUUACUCUUGACAAAGAAGAUGUAAAAACUAUAGAAAUAAGUGAUCUGAGAUCGCAUUUGGGAAUUGUAUCACAAGAACCAAAUUUGUUUAACAGAACAAUCGCUGAGAACAUUGCAUAUGGGGCAAACGACCGAAAUGUAUCCGUGGAUGAGAUUAUUGAGGCUGCAAAAUCUGCGAAUAUUCAUAAUUUUAUUUCAGCUCUACCUUUAGGCUAUAACACCAACUUAGGGAAUAAAGGAACUCAGCUAUCAGGUGGGCAAAAACAAAGAGUCGCUAUAGCUCGAGCUUUAAUUAGAAAUCCUCGUAUACUUCUCCUAGAUGAAGCGACUUCUGCUUUGGAUAAUGAAAGCGAGAAGAUUGUUCAAGAAGCAUUAGACAAUGCUAAAAAAAACAGGACCUGCAUAACGAUAGCACACAGAUUAACUACAAUUCAAGAUGCUGAUUUGAUUUGUGUUUUGAAUGAGGGAAUUGUUGUCGAAAUGGGUAACCAUGUUGAAUUGUUAGAAAAGAAAGGCUUAUAUUACGAUUUUUACAAACUACAAGCUGGUCAAAAGUAGUUUAGACUCAUCAGUAUUAAAUAAUAAAUAAAUGUUUUCCGUUGAAAAUAUUACAA